UCGGCACCCUCAGGGGGCGAUCCUGUGAUGGUGCCGCUGGGGUCGCAGGUUUUACUGUCUGAUUUCUCUCAGAUCUCUUAGUUCUGUGUGAGGCACAUCCUAGAAAGAUCAUCUUCCUUGUUAGUCCUUAGGAGGGAAAUGACCCGCUAUAACACUGUACAUCACUGGUAGUUAUUUGAGUGCACAGUGCAGCAUUUCCGUUUCCCAACAGUAAAGAAUGGUUGGGGAUGAAAGCCCAGAAAAAUAACUGUUGUCUGUGAUUGGACAUUAGGGUUCUGAGAUUUAGAGGUUGUGACUGCCAAAUUCCUUGAUGUAAGAACAGGAUGAAAACAAUAAAGGAGAAGAAUGCUUGAAAUCAGAAAUGGCUUACUUAAGCAUUUUAUUACCUGUUAUAUUCCUGACACCAUGAGUGCUGCUUUAGGCAUGGUAGGAGCUCAGUAAAUACUUUUGAGGAACUUACUUGGGAGUGGGUAAAGAAAAACCAAACCUCUCAUACACGGUACCAUAAUGCAAAGAGUGGAACGGGCAGACAGACAUACUCAGUCACAAUAAAAUAGCAGCUAACAAAUUUUACCUCCAACUGUACUGAUGCUCAAACUUUCUUGCAUUUAGUCUUGUCAAAGCCUCAGGUAAAAGUUUUCCCUGUAGUCUCGCUUAAUCAACAGUGGCUAGCUAUGAAUGGAAAGUCCAAGAAUCUGGAGCUGCUCAGUCUACAAGGCUGGGUGUCUCAGCUGGUCUUCAGUAUGCACCAGAAUCCUGAAGUAGGUUCUAAUGCCGGUGAAGCAAUGGACCUGCUAGGGAAGUGAGAGCAAGGAGGCAAAGAGCCAACGCUUCCUACUUCUAUGUCCUUACGCAGGCUUCCAGCAGAAGGUGUGGUCCAGAUUAGAGAUAUCAAACUGCUUCCAUGACUAGAUGAAUGGAAACUCAGUGAUUUUUUUUUUUUAGCUAAGAGCCGACAAGGGGUUGUACUUGGGCUUCGUUCUUUGGAGCAUACUCUUUGCACAAGUUUUCCUGCUAUUAAAACCUGCCCUGAAGUUUUAAAAAUGAAGCAGUUGAAAAGGAAAAGGAAAAGCAAUUUUAGUGUUCAGGAAACUCAGACCCUUUUGAAAGAAAUUACCAAAAGGAAAGAAGUCAUUUUUUCCAAGCAACUCAACACAACAAUAAAUGUGAUGAAGCGAAUGGCCUGGGAGGAGAUUGCACAGUGUGUAAACGCUGUAGGAGAAGGCGAACAGAGGACGGGAACUGAGGUGAAGAGACGGUACCUCGACUGGCGUGCACUCAUGAAAAGGAAGAGAAUGAAGGCCAACAUGAAGCUGGUUGGUUCUGGGUUUCCUCUACCCACGUCUGAUUUAGACGACUCUCUCACUGAAGAGAUAGAUGAAAAAAUUGCAUUCCGAAAUGAUGCAAAUUUUGACUGGCAGAAUGUGGCGGAUUUCCGAGAUGCAGGUGGAUCCCUAACAGAGGUCAAAGUGGAAGAGGAAGAAAGGGACCCACAAAGCCCUGAGUUUGAGAUUGAGGAGGAGGAAGAAAUGCUGUCAUCUGUCAUACCAGAUUCCCGGAGGGAAAGUGAGCUCCCUGACUUCCCUCACAUUGAUGAGUUUUUCACCCUCAAUUCCACACCGUCCAGACCCGCAUAUGAUGAGCCUCAUCUGCUCAUGAAUAUAGAGAAACAGAAGCUGGAGCUGGAGAAACGCCGGCUGGAUAUUGAGGCAGAACGGCUGCAGGUGGAGAAGGAGCGUCUCCAAAUAGAGAAGGAGCGCCUGCGCCACCUGGACCUGGAGCACGAGCGCCUGCAGCUGGAGAAGGAGCGGCUGCAGAUCGAGAGAGAGAAGUGGAGGCUGCAGUUGGUUAGCGCUGAGAAACCCGCCCUAGAGAACGAUCUUGGCCAGGGGGAGAAGUCCAUACUACAGCCACAGGACGUAGAAGCGGAGAAGUUGAAACUCGAGCGAGAGCGCCUGCAGCUGGAGAAAGAUCGGCUGCAGUUUUUGAAGUUUGAGUCUGAGAAGCUGCAGAUCGAAAAGGAGCGCUUGCAGGUGGAGAAGGAGAGACUGCGAAUUCAGAAAGAAGGGCAUUUGCCUUGACUGUUCUCCAUCCUCUGCUUAGCAAAGGUUUAUGAACUGUAGCUUUCCUCAUCAGUCCAUGUAAAGGUAGUUGGUGAAUUAGCUACCCCAUCGCCACCCCUGUCUUAUGUUAGUGUUUUUAGUAGGAAAAAAGAUAGUAACACAUAGGUAGCCAUGUGGUUCAAUAGUACAUUGUAUAAACUGUGCCCACCAUAAACAAAUAGCAGAGGAUCUGCUAGACUCUUUCACAUUAGUAAUACUGCAUAGAGUCCUGUCUUAUUUGUGUGCCCGAAGUUUGCAAUAAUGUCUACAGUGAAGGUCCCACCCAGUGAUUCUCAAGUGGAGUUUGGGCUCCCAGAAGACAUUUGGGAUUGUGGGGAGAUGUUUUUUGGUGGUCAAAGUAGAUGGGUGUAGGCUUCUGCUGACAUCAGUAGAGGCUACAGGCUCUGCUAAAUACCAUGUAAUGCCUGGCUCUCCUCUUCACAGGAAAGAAUUACCCAACCCAAAGUAUCACUAGUACCAAGUUUGAGAAACCUAUCCCUGGCCUAACUGUGCACCUAUAACUGUCUUCUAAAGUUUUGGAAUAUUAAAGCUUCAGAUAUUUAUGUGCAUAGAUAUUUAAAUGGCCAAAAGCAUAUUAACUGUAAGACAUUACUGUGUAGUUUAUUGAAUAUAGGGAGUGGUGGAGGUUGUAGGUACUUUAUAUCCAUGGUGUUGUCUAUCAGUAGACUGAGACUUAGAAGCAAUCCUGGGACUAUCUGAGAUUGUAUAAAAUGAAUCACUUUGAAAGGCAGUCCCCCCCUCAAGAAUGAACACGCGAUUUGGAAAGCUUUAGUUCCCCCUUCUUUAAAUCUGUUGUUGUAGUUUGAAUAGAGAACUUGCCAUUUCAAUCAUACACUGAAAUGUUAUAUAAGAGAGUGGCAGAAGCUAGUAAAAAUCAUACCAGUGCCAAAUGGUGACAGUAGUCCAUGAUGGUGACCCAGUAAAUUGUUGAUUGAUUUUUUAUUUUAAAGUGAAGAAUAGUCAUUUGAGACUGAGAGAUGGGGCAAAUGCCCUCUGCAUCAGUAAAAUGGUGUUGAAAUGAUAGAAGUAGCUGUGUGUUAUGGUUAGGGGAAUCAUUUGCUUAACUUAAUAUCUACAAGAAUAUGAAAUGGUAACUUCUUACUUUAGAAUCUGAAGUUCAGAGAAAUCCUGCAGUAAGUAAGUGGCUGAUCUUUAUGCAGUGUCCUGACGGUAGUUUAUGACAGUAAAGUGCUUUCUCUGCACAAUGAGCUGGAAAUGGCUGCACAAGUUCACUUUGUGUUUCCUGUUUUCUAGGAUGAUAGCUUUAAUACAACACUUCUGUUGACACACUACUUUGAUUCUGUAUUUGUUCCUCAUUAAUUUAUAAAUGGCUAGAAAUCAUGUUUGAAUACGGGUAUGUAGAGGGAAAACAUACCUGUAAUUCCUUAUCCUGAUUUUGAAAUAGUGUUAUUUUUUUAUAAUUCUAUUAAAAGCUUCUACCUUAGAAAGAAAUUUGCCUGUCUGAAACUGUAUUAUUUAAGGAUACAGCAUGGGUAGAAGCCAUGUUGGAAGUGGGUUAGGGAACCUAGACUUUGCUAGACUUUGAGCUACAUACCAAACAUAUUACUUAUACU